GGUGAAACAGGCGCAGAUGCAUUCGUGCUCGUUUUCGACAUAAUUGCAACAUCUAAUAAUAAAAACGGCAAAUAAUAAUAAUUUGCCGACAAAAUUAUCAAUUUGUAUGUAAUUAAAUGGGUGUUCGUGACAAUUAAAUGUGAAUAAAGAAGGAAAGUCUAUCGUAUUCGUACUACAUUUGAAGCCGGUGACGCGACGCUAGCGCUUCCUAUUUAAGCGCAGCAGAGUGGGCGAGAACGAGAGCAUUACAGAAAAUCUGCAAAAGCAGAAGAAACAGGCGAAAAGCGAUGCGAACGAUGCAUUGAAAAGUUAUUAAAAAUUGUGCAGUGCCAGUGCAGUGAACGGAAAAAAUAACAAGAAAUAACAAGAUAAAAAAACAAAUAACUACGGGGCGUGUAUAGAGCUAUAGAGCAAUUCGAUCUCAAAAAAGAAGCAAAAUAAAUUAAUUUAGCAGAAAAAACACAAGAAAAAGACCACUUCACAAUGGCCUGGCGGUUCAAGGCUUCAAAGUACAAAAAUGCCGCGCCCAUUGUUCCAAAGGCGGAGGCUUGUGUACGUGAGAUUUGUGUUGGUUCAUAUCAAACGUAUGGCAACAAUAUUGCCACCUCCGCUGCCUUCAUGGCCUUCAAUUGGGAGCACACGGGCUCAAGUGUGGCAGUCCUGCCCCUGGACGAUUGCGGACGCAAGAGCAAGACGAUGCCACUUCUACACGGACACACCGAUACAGUGACAGAUUUAAAAUUCUCGCCAUUUCACGACGGUUUGUUGGCCACCGCUUCGCAGGAUUGCCUGGUCAAAAUCUGGCAUAUACCCGAAAAGGGUCUGGAAACCUCACUCUCCGAUCCAGAGGCCGUCUUCUCACACAAACAACGGCGCGUGGAGACCGUGGGCUUUCACCCGACAGCAGAUGGUUUGAUGUAUUCGACAGCGGCAGGUUGUGUGGCUCUCUUCGACAUAAGUACACAAAAGGAAAUUUUCUCAAACAAUGAACAUCCUGAGGUAAUACAGUCAGCUAGCUGGCGAGAGGAUGGCACUGUGCUGGCCACCAGCUGCAAGGAUAAGUGCGUGCGCAUUUUUGAUCCGCGAGCCACGGGCUCACCCAUACAAAUGGUGGCGGAGUCGCAUCAGAGCAUCAAGGACUCUCGCGUCGUCUGGCUAGGCAAUCAGUCACGCAUUCUGACAACUGGCUUUGAUGCCGCUCGUCUACGUCAGGUCAUCAUACGUGAUUUGCGCAAUUUCGGAGUGCCCGAGAAAACUCUUGAGCUGGACUGCUCGACGGGCAUACUGAUGCCGCUGUUCGAUGCCGACACAAAUAUGCUCUUCCUCGCGGGAAAGGGUGAUACCACCAUAAACUAUCUGGAGAUCACCGAUAAGGACCCCUAUCUCAUCGAGGGCCUGCGACACACUGGCGAGCAGACAAAGGGGGCUUGCCUGGUGCCCAAGCGUGCGCUCAAAGUCAUGGAAGCUGAAGUGAAUCGUGUCUUGCAGUUGACAUCCAAUAUGGUCAUACCCAUUAUGUAUCAGGUGCCCAGAAAGACUUAUCGAGACUUCCAUGCCGAUUUGUACCCCGAAACAACAGGCUACAAGACCGAACUCAUUGCUAGCGAGUGGUUAAAUGGCACAAAUCUGCCAGUUCCCAAGAUGAAUCUGGAUCCGGCGAAGCGCGAGCACGGGGACGAGCCAAUUAUUGUACAUCGUGGCAAUUUAAGUGAUUUCGUAAAGAAUAUUGAGAAUCAGAAAGCCAAGAUCAAGACCCAAAAGCCAACUGCUGUUCAAAGCGGCAACGUCGGCAUUGGAAAGCGGAACGAUAAUGAUCAUUUUGUAAUGCUGCGCAAAUGCAACAACUAUCCGGAGGAGAAGAACGGCAACGACAACAGCAACAAUACCAAUGGCAAGAAAAAUCCCGAGUGCAGUCUUAGUCAGAGCGAGCUUAUACGGAAAUUCGACAAUAAAUAUAAGACCGAAUCUGAAAAGGAUGGACAUGAGGAUGAAAAGGAGUCUCCUACAGAGAACUCGACUGGUAGCAGUGAAGAGGCCUCAUCAUCCGGAGGUCUGGACAACAAUUCGGCAUGCGGUAACAAUUCGCCACCGAAACCCAUGCCGCGUACUUCGCGGAACAAUUCCCUGCCCGAAACCAACAAUCCACAGUCCAGUGGUAGCGUAGCCGGAGGUGUCGGCGGUGCUAACAGUGGGGGCGGCGAGGUGGGCGAGUCAAACACACCACGCCCACGACCACGCACGACGGCAACAGGCGUUUAUAAGCCCCGUCUUGGUCCGAAACCCUUCACUGGCAACACUGGAGAUGUGUCAUUCGACGAGGUAUUUGCUGUGCCCAAGGCUCCGGGCUCCCAGGAGAAUAUAUCGCACUUGGUGAGCAACAUUAGCCAGGAUGCAUGCACCGAGGUGCCCCCACAGGGCGUCAAACCUGAUCUAAUUGUGGAAAUUGAAAUCAAAAAGAAUCAUGAGCAUGAACCAAAUGUUGCUGGAAAUGGCGUGCAAAAAUCGCUGACCACGUCGGAGCGUCGCAAGUCCUCAGCUGACGAUGAUGAAUCGUCCGAUAAGAUAUUCGAGCAGAACUCCGAGUCAUCUGAGAACUCAACCGAAGGCGAGGAUAGAACCGAUGCCGAGCUGUUGCGUCUUUCGGCAACGCGCCAAAGCAUCGCCGAGCGACGUCGUCUCUACGAGAGUCGUUCCAAGAGUCAAGUGGAAGAGAAGUCCCAAUCCCCGGUUCCAAUACGGCGCGAGCAAUCCAAAGUGGAGCCAUUGAAGCCAAGCCAGCAGCAGGGCAACAAUAUGAACGUCAUGCCUCCGCCGGCCAUUGACAGUAAGCGCAUUUCAGUGCCUGAAGGCAAGCUAAUGGAGGAGCAUCGUCGUGGCAAUGGAGCUGGAAUAAAGAAAUCGGCUACGGAGGCCGCAUUCAGUGCCGCAUCGACUAAACGCACGUCGACAGUAUUUGGCAAGGUUUCCAAAUUUCGCCAUCUGAAGGGCACCAGCGGUCACAAGUCCACACACAUUGAGAAUUUGCGCAAUCUAAGCCGACAAAUACCAGGCGAAUGCAAUGGCUUCCAUGCCAAUCACGAGCGCGUCGCUGUACCGCUCUCCGGACCCGGUGGAAAGAUAGCAAUAUUCGAGCUGCGUCGUCCGGGACGCUUGCCUGAUGGCGUAAUACCUUCAUUGGUGAACAGCAGCAAUAUUAUGGAUUUUCAAUGGGAUCCCUUUGAUGCACAGCGUCUGGCUGUUGCCUGUGAUGAUGGUAUUGUAAAGAUUUGGCAAAUUGCCGAGGGCGGACUCACCGAACCGACAAAUACACCGGCACAGGAAUUGAAGGCACAUCUAGACAAAAUCUAUUUCAUACGCUUCCAUCCGCUGGCUGCCGAUGUCCUGCUUACGGCCAGCUAUGACAUGACCAUGAAGCUCUGGGACUUAAACACCAUGAACGAAAUGUGCGCACUCAGGGGACACACUGAUCAGAUAUUUGACUUCGCCUGGAGCCCCUGUGGCAAGCUUGGCGCUAGUGUGUGCAAGGACGGAAAAAUUCGCGUCUAUAAUCCGCGCAAAUCUGAGACGCCCAUACGUGAGGGCAAUGGACCUGUUGGAACACGUGGCGCACGCAUCACCUGGGCCUUGGAGGGGCAAUACAUUGUGUGCACCGGCUUUGAUAAGGUCUCCGAACGCCAGAUCAGCGUUUACAAUGCACAAAAGUUGAAUGCACCACUGAACACGGCCAGCUUGGAUGUGUCGCCCUCAAUACUCAUUCCAUUUUACGAUGAGGACAGCUCUACACUGUUUGUGACGGGCAAAGGUGACUCCACAAUUUAUUGUUACGAGAUCACAGAUGAGGAGCCCUACAUAUGUCCGCUCUCGCAUCACCGCUGCACAUCCCUGCAUCAGGGAUUGAGUUUUCUCACCAAAAAUCAUUGCGAUGUGGCCAGCGUUGAGUUUUCAAAGGCCUAUCGAUUGACCAACACGACCAUUGAACCACUAAGCUUUACUGUGCCCCGUAUAAAGAGCGAACUAUUUCAAGAUGACUUGUUCCCGCCCACACGCGUUACAUGGAAUGCUACAAUGGACUCUGAAGAAUGGUUUGGCGGCAGUGACAAAGCGGCCGCCAAGAUCAGUCUACAACCAGAAGGCAUGGAGCCAUUAUCAUCCAUACAACAAGUGACGGCCCCUGUGAAAAAAACAGAUCAUCACUUUGGCAACAAGUCGGAAUAUGAAUGCAACAAGCAGCAGGAGAUACAAAAAUCGGUUAGUGCGCGUAUGGAAUAUACAACCAAAUUGGAACAGGACGAUAUGGAGGGUGUGGAUGAGAACGAGUGGCAGGAGUAGCGCUGCUUGCGUUUUGAGUAGUGCGAAUAUGAAAAGGAUAACCAUAACAACAAGAACAACCAACAACAAUGACAAUUUAGCAUAGUAGCAGUUUUUUUUACAUCAGCACGUAUGGCAUGCCAUCAUUUGCUAUAUAUGUAUUCAUAUAUACAUAUAUAUAUACACUCAUAUAUAAGACAAAAGCUCGUAUAUGCAUAUAAUUAUACAAUUAUAUUUAUACACUCGCACACACACAUAUACAUAUGUAUACAGAUGUGCAGCAACGUGCAAAAAAAAAAGAAAAAAAAAGAAACUGGAUAUUGUUUAGGCAGAAAAUUCGCGUGCAAUGCAAUGCAAAUCUUAUGUAUGUACAUCUGUCGUCUGUCAAUCCCCUCGCCCAGGCACAUUUGCUCUUCACAUACAUACAUAUGUACGUACAUACAACCAUUGUAUCUGCGCUUGCAUGCACAUAUUGUAACAAGGCAAUAUUUGUUAUUCAGUUGGUCGAUCAAUCGAUCGAUCGAUCGAUUUCCUUCAGCCGAAUAAUGAGCAUCAUUCAUAUGAGAGAACCUUGUAAAUAAAAUUUCGAGAGCAACAGCUUUCCUAUAUACAUUGACACAUA